UCUUGCCCCUCAGGGAAUGUAUUCGUUGAAUGGAGAAGAGAUGUGGGAAAUGAGAAUGUCAAGAAAUGAAUGUCGUUACAUAUAUAGCUAGCUGUUGGUUGCGACAGAGUAGCGGAUAGUUCUACCGAGUAGAGUACAUUUGAACCGUAAUUGGUAGCUGUAUUUCCAAUAGAUAAGGGUACUUUGCGCCGAUUUUCUUUCUAGAGAGCACGCCUGCGUUUGUGUAAGGGCGAGAGCAAGGAAUGGCCGCGGACGUGGAUAAAAUAAUCCCGGAGGACAAGAAAGCUUGUUUGGGGGAGGAUGAGCGUCUGGACAAAUCUCAAGGCGGUGAACGACUGGCGCCUGGCAGGUCCAAGCGUUCUUGGAUCAUUGGAGCAAUGUCAACAUUGCUUAUGUUCAUUAUUGUUCCCCUUCUUGCCUUUGGUUACACAUAUUAUCAGGACUCACAGCUACUUAAACGUCAUGAAGUGGCCUUGAAAGCACUGGGCACCGAGGGCCUCUUUCUCUUCUCCUCCUUGGACACAAACCAUGACCUGUACCUUAGUCCUGAGGAGUUCAAACUCGUCGCAGAGAAACUCACAGGGAUCUCACCUCCAGCAGAUUUUGAGGAGGAAGUGACCCAUGACCCCAAUGGAGAGACCCUAACCCUGGAGGCCAAGAUGCAGCCUCUGCAGCUUGACACAAUGACGAAGAGCAAGGACGGCUUCCUCGGGGUUACUCAUAGUUCCCUGAGUGGGCUGCGUUCCUGGCAGAGUCCUGCUGUGCCCUCCAUGUCCUUCUCUGCCAGCCAGUUCAGGGCCUUCCUGCCCCCCAAAAACAAAGGGGAAGUGGGGGACACCUGGUGGGUCAUUCAGAGUGAGCUCAACAUCUUCACUGGGUACCUGCCAAACAAUCGCUACCACCCUCCUGCACCACGAGGAAAAGAGGUUCUCAUUCACUCCCUGCUAAGUAUGUUCCAUCCACGGCCCUUCAUCAAGUCUCGUUUUGCCCCUCAGGGAACAGUGGCCUGCAUCCGAGCCGCCAGUGACUUUUAUCUAGACAUUGUCUUCAGGAUCCAUGCAGAGUUUCAGCUCAAUGAUGUCCCAGACUUCCCCUUCUGGUUCACCCCGGGCCAGUUCACUGGCAACAUCAUCCUCUCCCGGGACUCCUCCCACGUCCGACAGUUCACCCUCUACGUCCCCAACGACAGGACUCUGAAUGUGGACAUGGAGUGGCUCUAUGGAGCCACUGAGAACAGUAAUAUGGAGGUGGACAUUGGAUACCUGCCACAGAUGGAGCUGCAGGCCGCUGGUCCAUCCACUCCCUCCUUCAUCCAGGAUGAGGAGGGGAAUAUUAUCGAUAGCCGAGGUGGAGGCAGCGACCCUAUCCAGUUUGUCUUCGAGGACAUACACUGGACAUCUGAGAUCAGCCGCGAGGAGGCUGCUCGCCGCCUCGAGGUCACCUUCUACCCCUUCAAGAAGGUGUCAUACCUGCCCUUCUCGGAGGCCUUUCAGCGAGCGCAGGAAGAGAGCAAGCUGGUGCACUCCAUCCUCCUCUGGGGGGCACUAGAUGACCAAUCCUGCUGAGGUUCGGGGCGGACUCUCCGGGAGACAGUCCUGGAAAGUUCGCCCGUUCUGGCCCUGCUCAACCAGAGCUUCGUCAGCAGCUGGUCCCUGGUCAAAGAGCUGGAGGACAUGCAGGCUAACAAGCAGAACCCGGUUGAGAGUCAGAGGGCCCGCCUACACCUGGAGAAUUACAACUUUCCAGUAGAAAUGAUGGUGGCGCUGCCCAACGGCACUAUUGUUCACCAUAUCAAUGCUAACUACUUCCUGGACCAGACGUCCAUGAAGCCGGAGGAGGAAGCUGCCACAUUUAGCUUCUCUGGGGGGUUCGAGGACCCAUCCACUGCUACGUACAUCAACUUCCUCAAAGAGGGUCUGGAGAAAGCAAAGGAGCACCUAGCACAGUAAAGACGAACGGUGGUCAAAAGUGUGUGUGUGUGUGUAAAAACUAGAGUAAUUCCUCUGUGAAGGAUAAUGAUCAAAGAAAAAGCUAACUUGUGUGUAGGGAUCCUAAAGUGCUGGCUUGGCAGCUGUUAACUUUUCAGGUUGUUUUACUAGCAUCCAAUAUGAUCAGUAUUACAACAACCUCUUCAAACGACAGUGGCCACUAUACCAGUUGAGCCCUCCUGAAGACAACUUUUUUUUUUUUCAUAACUAAACUCAAUACUCAGUUACUAGAUGUUCUUUCAAGUUAACAUGCUUCUAAUCCCAUUCCAUAUAAUCGCUAAUGUUGCUGUUACUUACCAACUAUUUUAAAGUACAAUGUUCAGAACAGUGGCCAGGCUCCGAACAUUGCUUUGACCUCACCUACUAGUGGCUAAUUAAUUUGACUUAUUUAUGCCUUCUGUUAUCAUGUCAUAACAGUGAGUGAGAUUUGCUCAAACUUUUCUUUAUAUCUACAUUUUCAUAUCAAAACAGACCGCACCAUAAUGCAUUGUUCUGUUUUAUUUGUUAUAUCUCUCAAUAUGCAAAGAACCACACGUUUUAUUUCUGUUGGGGGGGGCAGGGCAGGUCAAGUUGUUCCCUCUAGAGUUUCAGCAGUUUGUGACGGCCUUGCCUGAAAGUCCAAAGUUGGCUGGGUAGGGCCUGAUGUCAUUGCUUAAGCUUCUGCAGGCAACACCCCCGCUCUGUUCCCCUUGAGGUUGCCAACAGCUGUCAUGGAAACCUGGAAACAAAGCUGUAUGGUGGCACAAUGUGUAAUGUAAUAAUUGUUUGUUUUGUUAAUAUUUUUUAUGAAAGCCAAUAGUCUUAUGUUGACUGACUAGUUAUUUCUUAACACCUUGACCAUGAGAUCUGAACUUAAGGGGUGACUACACAACAAAAUGAACUUAGAGGCAAGAAGAAGUUAAUCAUUGUGGAUUCUAUCACGUGUACAUGUGAUAAACUUUGAAAUGGGUCAUCUUAGGAAAGGUUUCUCCAUCAGCCUCUUGUUAAGCGCUGCAAUGUAGGCAGCACAUUCAGCCAUUGCAGAGGUGAGUCAUCCCCUUGAAAUAGGCUUUUUGACUGAUAGUGGCAAA